UUUCACUCGGUAUUUCUAAUUUUCCUUGACGCAUGAGGUUUCCUUUUCCUUCUUGAAACCUAUUGGAAGUUACUAGUUUCUUUAUAUGAGACGGCUUUGAAUUACCAUAUCCAUAUAUAUCUGCAUAAACAACUCGAUCCACUCCACUUCUCUUCUUCCAAACUAAAAGAAAGAUGAAGAGAUGCAGAGACGGAACAACGGAGAACCACAAUAGCUAUGAAGAAGCUGUAGAUUUUGUAAACAGGGUAAUGCUUAGGAAUGAGUCUAUUUUCAAAUCUCUCGUGAAGAUUUUGAAUUCAUACCAAAAAGAGAGGUAUGCGGGAUCAAAUCAUGUCUACGAUGAGGUUGUUGCACUGUUAGUAGACCAUCAAGAUUUGCUAGACCAGUUCUUUGCUUUCAUGUCAAUGGAGUCUUAUAACAAGCAAAAGAUUCAAAAACAAGGAAUCGGCUUUUUUAGGAAAGUUGAGAAGAAAUUAUCGCUUGAGAAUUAUAUGGAAUUCUUGAAAUGCUUUUCUUGUUACAGCAGCGGAAAGAUUCAAAAGGGUAAUUUUAAAAUCGCAGUUGCUAAUAUUAUAGGUGAAUCUAGCAAUCCGGAACUAAUGGAAGAUUUUAGGGUUUUUAUGAAGAACUGCGAGAAUUUUUAUGGGCUUUUGAAUAAGGGGGAAAAGAAAAGUAAAAAGAUUACUCCAAGUUAUGGAGUUGCUCCAGAAGGGUAUAAUUGUAAUGCUAAUCAAAGAAAAGAAAAUGCAGCAGAAAUUUUGAAUGAUAACUGGGUAUCUGUGGGUUCAUGCACAGAAUAUCAGUCAUGGAAAAGGGGGAGAGAUCAAGAUCAAGAAAUCAAGAUCAUGUGCGAAGAUGAUAGGCAUGAAUUGGAUAUGCUAAUGAUUUGGUUAAAUUCUGCUGCUAAAUUUGCAGAGGAAUUGUGUAAAGGCACUAAAGAAACAGAAGUUGGAGGAAUGUCAAGAACUCACUUCUUUAGAUGUGUUGAACAUUUAUAUGGUGAAAGUGGGCUUCAUAUAUUGGAAAUUUGGCAAGAAAAUCCUAAAUCUGCAUCUGCUGUUAUACUAGCUCGCCUGAAGGAGAAAAUAGAGCAAUUGACAAGUUUUAGUGCAGAGCUUGAAAAGGUUUGGGCUCGGGCUCAAACGCUUUAAGAAUUUUUUUCUGCUACAGCCAAGAAAAUAGAUUUAUAUUUUAUGUACUAUAAUGUCGUGAUUAACAGAUAAUGGCUAUGAUUAGCAUUUUGUUUUCUACAACAGAAUUACUUUGCCAAUUAGUGUAUGCUACUUGAUGAGUUUUUCUAUAAAUAUAUACAAAAAUAAAUUUCAUAAGUUGGUC